AUGGGUAAGGAAAAGACUCACGUUAACGUCGUCGUUAUCGGCCACGUCGACUCCGGCAAGUCCACCACCACCGGCCACUUGAUCUACAAGUGCGGUGGUAUUGACAAGCGUACCAUUGAGAAGUUCGAGAAGGAAGCCGCUGAACUCGGCAAGGGCUCCUUCAAGUAUGCGUGGGUGCUCGACAAGCUCAAGGCUGAGCGUGAGCGUGGUAUCACCAUUGAUAUCGCCCUCUGGAAGUUCGAGACCCCUCGUUAUUUCGUCACAGUUAUUGACGCCCCCGGUCACCGUGACUUCAUCAAGAACAUGAUCACUGGUACCUCCCAGGCUGAUUGCGCCAUUCUCAUCAUUGCCGCUGGUACUGGUGAGUUCGAGGCUGGUAUCUCCAAGGAUGGCCAGACCCGUGAGCACGCUCUGCUUGCCUACACCCUGGGUGUCAAGCAGCUCAUCAUCGCUGUCAACAAGAUGGACACCACCAAGUGGUCCGAGGAUCGUUUCCAGGAAAUCAUCAAGGAGACCUCCACCUUCGUCAAGAAGGUCGGCUACAACCCCAAGGCCGUUCCUUUCGUCCCCAUCUCCGGCUUCAACGGUGAUAAUAUGAUUGAUGUCUCCACCAACUGCCCCUGGUACAAGGGUUGGGAGAAGGAGAGCAAGGCUGGCAAGGCCACUGGCAAGACCCUCCUCGAGGCCAUUGACUCCAUCGACCCUCCUAGCCGUCCCACCGACAAGCCCCUCCGUCUUCCUCUCCAGGAUGUCUACAAGAUCUCCGGUAUUGGCACAGUGCCCGUCGGCCGUGUCGAGACCGGUAUUAUCAAGGCCGGCAUGGUCGUCACCUUCGCUCCCGCCAACGUUACCACUGAAGUCAAGUCCGUCGAGAUGCACCACGAGCAGCUUGCUCAGGGUGUUCCCGGUGACAACGUCGGCUUCAACGUGAAGAACGUCAGUGUCAAGGAAGUCCGCCGUGGCAACGUCGCUGGUGACUCCAAGAACGACCCUCCCAAGGGUGCCGACUCAUUCAACGCCCAGGUCAUCGUCCUCAACCACCCCGGUCAGGUCGGUGCCGGCUACGCCCCAGUCUUGGACUGCCACACUGCCCACAUUGCCUGCAAGUUCGCCGAGCUUCUCGAGAAGAUCGAUCGUCGUACUGGCAAGUCCGUUGAGAAGGAGCCCAAGUUCAUCAAGUCUGGUGAUGCUGCCAUCGUCAAGAUGAUUCCCAGCAAGCCCAUGUGUGUUGAGGCUUUCACCGAUUACCCGCCCCUGGGAAGAUUCGCUGUCCGUGACAUGCGUCAGACCGUCGCCGUUGGUGUCAUCAAGUCUGUUGCCAAGUCCGAGAAGGCCGGCGGCAAGGUCACCAAGGCCGCUGUCAAGGCUGGUAAGAAAUAA